AUGUUUCGAAAAAUUGUGAUAUUUUUGGUGGUUUUGAACUUCUGUUCGACUCAAAAUUGCACAUUCCAAUUGUCGAAAAUCACGGCGAACUGGAAUUUGGAGAAUUCGGGAAGUUCGCUGAAAAUCAACUUCACCAAUUCGUAUUUGGAGAAUGAUCAUUGGACGGCGGUUGCGUUUGGAAAAUCGAUGGUGAGUGUGGGGAUUUUAUCCGUAGAGCGAAGUUGCAGCUUGAAAAAUAGACAAGUGCGCUCUAUUGAUAAAUUAGAAAAUAAUUCAGAAAUUUAAAAAAACGAAGCUAAUGCGCUCCAAUGAGAAUCAGAGUUUUAGGGAGAAUUUUCAAAUAUCAUUGAUUCUGGGUUGUGUUCAAAUGCGCAAUUUGCUUUAGAGCGCACUUGCUCAAUUUUGUAGAUUCGGGAAAUUUUUAUCAGUUUAGCGAGUUUUCAGCCAAAUUUUAAAAUUGAAAAAGUAACAAAUGCGCUCCAAUGAGAACUCAGGUUUCAAGUUAGAAUUUUCGAAUUGCAAUUUAUAUUUCAAAAUUUUCAAGUGCGCUCUAUUGGAAAUUGAGAAAUAAUUUCAUGUAGCUCUAGAGCGCAUUUGCUUAUUUUUGUCAAUUUUUAUUGAACUCAUUAGAGCGAACUUGUAACUUUUUUGUGAAAAAAAAGCAAAUGCGCCCCAUUGACAAUCUGUUUUUUCCAGCAAGACCUCAGUGUAAUCAUCUUCGAAAACAACAACUAUCAAAUCAGUGUUCGAACCGGCAUCACAACUGGCUAUGGUCCACCAACCCUCGACGCAAAUUCUCAAGUUACCCAAAGUCAAAUCAGUUAUUCUGGAUUUGUGCUGAACGCGGUUGUAAGUAUUCCAACGCAGAAAUUCAAUGGAUUCGAUUUGACUGAUUGUCAAACUUGGAAUGUAAGUUCAAAUUGCGAUUAUGUAUGUGUAGGUACAUUUUAAUUCCAGUUCGUGGAAAGUGGUCCGAUUCGAAAUGGCAGAAUUGCUCGUCAUACUUAUGCUCCAACUAGUGUUGAUAAUGUUUGCCCGAAAACUUGUUAA